GCCGCCACGAGCGCAGGAAAAGUGAGCAUCGGAGGAAAAGUGCGACAAACUGCCGAGCCCGGAGCGGAUGGCCCGAAAAGCUGGGAUCUGAGCGACAGACGAGAGACACAGCCGGGGUGUCAGGCCUACUGUGAUUGGUGGAAACUGAAGAUGGAUCCCAACAGUGAGUCUAAGAAGAUGACCUCUCACCUCCCAUGCAAUGUCUCUUCUGAGACCCAGAGACUGACCCCACCCAAAACAUCAGGCUGCAGCUGGCUGGUGGCGGUGGCGGCUGUGGCGGCCUCUCUGAGCGGUCUGAUGCUGGGCUACGAAAUGGGCCUGACCUCCGGCGUCCUCCUGCAGCUGCGGGGCCUCCUCUCCCUCUCCUGCAGGGAGCAGGAACUGCUGGUCAGCUCCCACCUGCUGGGCGCGCUCCUCAUCUGCCUGGCCGGCGGCCCCGUCCUCGACCGCUACGGCCGGCGCUGCUCCCUGCUCCUGAGCGCCGCCAUGGUGGUCGGGGGGACCGCGGUAGCCGUGGUCGUGACCUCGCUCGUGGCGGUGACGCUGGGCCGGGUGAUAGUGGGCAUGGGGACGGCCCUGUCGGGCACGGCGGCGUGCCUGUACAUCGCGGAGAUCUCGCCGAGGGAGCGGAGGGGCCUGCUGGUGACCCUGUACGAGCUGAUGCUGGUGGUGGGCGUCAUGCUGGGGUUCGGCUGCAGCUACGCCUUCGCCACCGUGCCCCACGGCUGGGCCUACACGUUCGGCCUGGUCAUCCCGCCGGCGCUGCUGCAGAUCGGCGCGCUGCUGUUCCUCCCGCCCAGCCCGCGCUUCCUGGUCGGGCGGGGCGACGUGGAGCGGGCGCGCGCCGUGCUGACCCGGCUGAGGGGCGGGGUCAAGGAGCACGUGGACACCGAGCUGAGGGACAUUCAGGGAGGGCUGAAGGAGGAGUCGGAGCACAGCUUCGGAGAGCUGUUCAGCACCAAGGCCAACCUGCGCUCGCGGCUGCUGACGGGCGUGGCGCUGGUCUUCCUGCAGCAGGUGACCGGACAGCCCAACAUCCUGUCCUACGCCUCCCCGCUGCUGCGCAGCGUCGGCUUCGACAGCGACGCCGCCGCCACGCUGGCCUCCACGGGGUUCGGCAUCGUCAAAGUGGUGGGCACCAUCCCCGCCGUGCUGCUGGUCGACCGCCUGGGACCCAAGAGCUUCCUGUGCGUCGGCGCCGUCACCAUGGCGGUGUCGCUGGCCGCGCUGGGCACGCUGACGCUGCAGAGCCACACACACCUGACGAGCCUGUGCAAAAGUCCAAACGCACUAAACCACACGCACGUGCAGUGGGACUCAAACAGAACUUCUCUGGACUUGGACAGCAGCGACGUUUUCCCGACUGUUCCAAGCCAGUGGAGCGGCGAGGAGCUGGAGGACUGGGCGUCAAGCGGAGAGAUCACUCGUAUCGAAGUGUCCUCCUCUCUGAAGUGGGCCUCGCUGAUCAGCCUGCUCGUGUACGUGGCGGCUUUCUCCUUCAGCCUCGGGCCAAUGACGUACGUCGUCCUCAGUGAGAUCUUCCCGAUGGGAGUGCGAGGCAGGGCCGUGUCGGUGGUGUCGGCUGUGAACUGGGCUACAAACCUCCUCAUCUCCAUGACCUUCCUCACGGUUACAGAAAAAAUUGGUGUCCCAAAUGUAAUCUUCCUGUAUGCGGCUAUGAGCUUCAUCCUGCUGGUGUUCGUCAUCCUCUGCGUCCCGGAGACCAAAGGCCGCACUCUGGAGGAGAUCUCAAAAGAGCUGGCCAAGAAGAAGAACUUCGAGGUGAGGAUUUGCAAACCGGUUCAGCCUCAGCAGAGCCUGAUUCGCACCGUCAGCUCUUCCACGGAGAUCCCAGCAAACGCCAAACUCCUUUAACGCGCCGCCGCUCGACCCCACCGGAGAGUCGGGUGCAAAGCUCAAGAAAAGACGACUCCGCAUCUGUGUAUUUCCUGCAGUCACAGCUGGUUCCUGUCAUGCAGUCUCUUUUUUUUUUUUUUUUUUAAGCAUCAGGUAUGAUGUGAAUCACAAGAAAACUAUUAUAAAGUGUUGUUGAGGAUAGCUCACUCAUAUCUUAAUCACUCAAACUAAAAAAUACAUAAAUGAAAUUUCCCUCGAUUAUUUAAUGCUUUUCUUUAAGAAAAGACAGACCAAUUGUGAUUCCAAACUAUUGAUCCGUGGACUUUCUGUGUGGAGUUUGCAUAUUUUCUCUAUGCAUUUCUCUCUACAUCUAAAAAACAAGCAUACGGGCUGUUUGGUAUCUCUGCAUUGCCGCGAGGUUUCGAUUUCACGUGUGCCACUGUCCGAACCGUGUGUGUGUGUGCGUGUGUGAGCGGGUGGAUGUGAUAGAUCAUUGAAUAGAUCCUGUUAGGUGCGCUGAGGCCGGCCAAGCAAUAAAAUGGUGCAAUAUUAGUAAAGUCCACCCACCCUGCUGUGGUUACAUAACAUAUUAGUAAUUUAAAAACGGCUUGUGCGACAUGUAGACAACUGUACACUAAAAAUGUAUUUUUGUAGCUUUUUUUUUCUCUCAAUGGAGUGGGAAAGUAAUUCGUUCUUUUUUUUUUUAACUAAGAUAUUUUUGAGUGAUUCCAGCAAUUUCUCAGGAAAAGCUCUUUGUCUUUUGUUUGCGUUUUGUGGGCGGAUCCCAUCAGUGCGGCUAAUUGACAGGUCUCUGCUUCAGUGAUGCAACAUCUGAUACUGGUGUCAUAAAAUGUGUAAAAAGUGCCGAGUGAAUGUUUUUAUUGGUACCAGCAAUGCAAAAUGACAUUUGUUAAAUAAUUUAGAUUUUUUUUUUUUAACUGAAAUAAAGCUUUUUUUUUUUGUCUGACUUAUUAAAAUUGCAUUUUUUUUAAAUCUAUUUGUGCCAUCACAUUUUUUUUUUUUUAUUAUUUUUAGGAGGAUUCUGUGCAGAAACUGGGGACAUGCAGAGCAUUCACCAAAACAAUCAAAGCAGAAACG